AUGGCUCUCAUCAAAAUUGUCACGGUGUCAUUCUUUCUGUGCUUAACUAUUAUUGGAGUUUUGGGCGAUGAGGAUCCUCUCCAGGAUUUCUGCGUCGAAGAUCCAAACUCCAAAGUGUUCAUCAACGGAGUUCCUUGCAAAGAUCCCACCACAGUCACUGCCGAUGACUUCACCUCCACAAUCCUUCGUCAGGCUCCAGUCACAAACAACACACUGCGAAUCCAAGUCGACUUGAUCGAUAUCACAAUGUUUCCAGGCCUCAACACGCAGGGACUCUCCAUUGCUCGCCUUGCAUUCGGUCCAUUUGGCGUGAAUCCUCCGCACAACCAUCCCCGAGCGUCCGAGGUCAUCUGGCUCCUCCAAGGACGCCUCUAUGUUGGAUUUGUGUCAACUUCCAACCAGUUGUUCGCAAAGGUUUUGCAUCCCGGUGAUCUGUUCAUCUUUCCCAGGGGACUAGUUCACUUCCAGCGAAACCUGGAUAAGUCGGACUCGGUUGCGGUGGCUGCGCUUGGAAGUCAAAACCCGGGAAGAACAGACAUGGCUAGAGCGUUGUUCCAGACCACUCCAGACAUCAUGAACGAAGUUUUGGAGGCAACUUUGCAGGUUGACGAAAAUGAGAUUGAUGAGUUACGACGUGGAACUCUCCCAAGACAGUUGGGCCAAGGAGGGUCACGAGAGGAAUGGAUGCUGCUUGGGAGAAGAUCAGCCAGCGAAGAGGGGCCAUUAGAUGGGAUCCAGCGGUAA